AUGUCUGAAGGAAAUGACAAUCCACAAGAUCCACGUCCCGAGUUUUUUGGAAACUAUAUUAUAAAAGCUCUUAAAGUUAAAUCUGAAAAAUGGUUCAGAUUAAUGGUGACAGAAGAACAAGGCACAAAGGUCUACAACUUCUUGGAUAAUCCGGAAUGCAUCGUUUUAAUUAUAUUUCAGAAUAUGGCAGCACAACUAUUUGCCAUGGACAGUUUUCCAGUUCCUCUGAAAACUAAAGCAAUAUAUUUUGUGAAAAUUGCCAAGGUUGUUGUACCUAAAGACAAUCCAAGUUCAGUUCUUAUAAUUGGUGAUAUGGCGAGCAAGCCUAUCGAACAAUUGGCAACUAUUGUAGAUGACAUUUUUGUUCCAUUGCUUGCAAAUCCGGAAAACCAUAAAAAUUGGGCAACUGUCGUUUCGUUAGACGUUAAAGAACAUGUUCAUAGUCUAAAGAGUACUGUGUACCAAGUUAAAGGUCAAAUAAAUGGACAAACUAUUUUACCAAUGCCGGUGGGUGUGGAACGAUUGGAUAGUAUUGAACAAAUAGUUAAGGAAAGUGAUGGAAAAAUAGUUGAUUUACACUUUAAAUCAGCUGUUGAAGGUGUAAUUAUAAAAUGGGCAACGCAAAUAACCGAAGUAUUAAGUGCUGACUCUGUAUCUGCAUUUAAGUGUAAUCAACACUUAACUCCUUGGGCUGAAGUGGCAUUCUGGAAUAAUCGGGUACAAAAUUUAGAAUAUAUUUUUGAACAGCUGAGAGAUCAACGGAUAGUGAAGAUGACCACUAUCGUCCAGUUAACUAACAGUGCUUAUUAUCCAUGUUUGAAGAAUAUCUACGCAAAUGUCGUUUCUGCACUGGAAGAGGCUAAUGACAUCAUUCGCUAUUUGAAACCGUUACAAAAGCAUUUUAAAUUAUUAGAAGAAACUGAUUUUGGUGACAUAGCUGUUUGCUUAAGUCCACUGAUGCAUGUCGUUUGCUUAGUGUGGUCCAAUUCACGAUUUUACUGUAGUUCCGGCAAGAUUAUUGUUCUUUUAAAGCAAAUAUGUAAUUUAUUGAUCACACAGGCCGUUCGGUAUUUGGACCCAACGUCAAUAUUUCAAAGUGAUAUUCACGAAACAAAAUUGAGAGUUCGGCAUUGUAUAUUUAUUUUCGAAAAGUUUAGGAAUAUAUUCAACGAUUAUCGUAAAAAAUUACCGUCGUAUUUCGAAAACGAAGAAACUUCACUUUUGUGGACUUUCCAUCCAAACAUUAUUUUCAACCGUACUGACUUGUUUAUUCGAAGAUUACAGAUAAUUGAAUGGUUUUUCGACACGGUUGUUGAAUUUACAAAACUGGAAAGGAUUGAAUUUAGCGGACUUAAAGGUCGAUUGCUCAGCGGUCGUAUAACUGAAAUAUAUGCAGAUUUCAAUGAGCAGUUUUCAUUGUUUUCAAGUAAAGCAUACGAUGUCCUUGAACCAGAAGACGAGCGCUUCGAAGUAGACUAUGAACAAUUUAAAGAGAGUAUCAAGGACUUAGACCAUCGUUUAGCUUUUACGCUUAGUCAGGCUUUCGAAGAUAGCUAUAAUUUAGACGGCGUUUUCAAGUUAAUUGAAAUUGUUGGUGUCGUAAUGGAUCGGUCUGGCAUGAAAGAUAUGUUUACAAGUAGUUAUGGUAAAAUUUUGAACAUGUUAUCUAACGAAGUUACAAUUUGUAAAAAUUUAUUUGAAAGCCAACAAAGCGCUAUAAGAACUCAAGGUUCAGCAAACGUUGAUAAGCUUAUGCCCCCAAUCGCUGGUUCCUUAAAAUGGUCAAAAACUCUUAAAGCUAGAGUUGAACAUCCAAUUCAGUGUUUUAAAAAUUUAGAUCAUCCGAUCGUCCAUUCUAAAAAGGCCCAAUCAAUUAUAAAGGAAGUAGAUGAAAUGAUUGUUUCAUUAAAUAAACUUGAAACAGAUUUGAUAGAUAAUUGGAAAGUUACUGUAUCAAAAAGAUGUGAAGAAUUAUUAAAGUUGCCGUUAUUUGAUCGUAGAUCCAAGUGUAAUGAGUUACAACUCAACUUUCAUCCAGAGUUGGUAGCGAUAUUAAGAGAAGUCCAUUAUUUUCGAUCAUAUGAACUGAAUGAUAUACCUAUUGAAGCAUUACAAUUUCACGAACGCGAAGAUACAUUUAGAAUAUACUGCAUUAAUCUUAAUAACACAAAAGAAUGUUACAACAAAUUGAGAAACAAUAGCAGAGAAAUUGAGUUUCAGUUGGUCCAAGAAGAGAUUCAACAAAUCGAUGAAUUAGUUAAAAAAGGCGAAUAUUCAUUAAAUUGGAAUUCCGAAGGUCUUAACGAGUACAUUGGAAGUGUUCAAGACCUUGUAUAUAAAUUAUACCGAAGAGUACAAAAAACACAAGAAAAUAUUAAACGGAUGCGAUCGGCAAUAUCCUCGUGGGCCAGACUGCCAGUAUUAUGUCGAAAGGAUAAUAAAAAGGAUACUUUACUGGCAAUGGACGAUCGCGUAGACCGAUUUUCCAAAAGACGUAAAGAAAUCGAAAAAGCUGCUACGGAAAUCCAUAAGCUCCUUAAAGAAAAUUGCGUAUUAUUUGGUAUGCAGGACCAAACAAAUGUCAAACAAUGGCAAAAUUAUAUGGCUUUCGUAGAUUCCAUUGUCGCGGAUGCUUUGUUGAACGCUAUAGGAUGCAGCUUAUGUUAUAUAGCAGAGAAUAUGAUUCCGGGAGUAUCGAAUGCACCAUUAUUCGAGGCUUGUCUCGAGUUACACGAACCGGAUUUGGUUUUUACACCGUCAUUAGAUUCGAACACCGAAGGUAAUUUUUGUUCCAUCAUUCAAGGGAUAAUCGAAGAAAUAAUAGAACUUUCCAAGCUAAUGCCGCGGAUUUGUGACAAAAAGAAUGCUCGUGAUUACUUUGAAGAAAUGAAUUCCAAUACUGACAUUUGUGACAUGAAAGAAGAUAUUAUGAAUACAGUAACUCGAGUGAUAGGAGAGGCAAACGAUUAUUGUGUAAAUUUUGAAAACUAUUCUUACUUAUGGUUGGAUGAUCGAGAACUUUAUAUGCAACACUUUUUACGAUAUGGACAUCCGCUUUCGAUCGAAGAAUAUGAAAAUAUGUCACUUGAUGAUACUUAUUCCCCACCUGUUGUAAAUCCUACAAUGGAUCAAUUUAAGGAACAAAUUGACAAUUUUGAAAGCCUUUAUUGUGAAAUCGAACAGUUAAAAUCAGUUCAAGUAUUCGAUUCAUGGUUUCAAGUCGAUAUGAGACCUUUUAAACAAGCAUUACUGAACACUGUAUGCAAAUGGAGUCAUAUGUUUAAACAACAUUUGAUGGAUACUGUAACAAAUAGUCUUUUUGAUUUGGCCAAGUUCAUUCAAGACGCAGAUGGAGGUCUAAUGCAACCUGUGAUUGAAGGAGAUUAUGAGGUUCUCGUUAGUGUUAUGGGCUAUUUAUACAACGUAAAAGAAAGACAAUCUACUACGGACGAAAUGUUCCAACCUCUCACAGAUACAAUACAAUUGUUGAAAUAUUAUGACAUGGAACUAUCAGAAGAAGUUAACGUUCUAUUACAGGAGCUUCCUGAACUUUGGAAUAACACUUGCAAAUUGGCGAUUAAUAUCAAACAACAAGUAGCUCCUCUGCAAGCAAUUGAAGUCAAUAAUAUACGAAACAGAAUAUCACAUUUUGAUAGUCGAAUUAACUUUUUCAGAGAAUUUUUCAAAAAAGCUAACAUUUUUAGGUACGAUUGUCCUUUUCCAUAUUUUGUAUUGAAUGAUGCCAACUCUAAGAUAAUAGAUUUCGAGAUGAAUAUGGCUCAGAUACAAGAAUCCGCAUCGCUCUUUGAAGUGAACGUUCCGGAAUUCAAGUUACUUAAACAAUGCAGAAAAGAAUUAAAGUUAUUGAAGCAACUUUGGGAUUAUGUUCAUUUAGUUCAUUCGUGCAUAAACGAUUGGAAAACCACGCCUUGGCGUAAAGUGGAUGUUGAAAACAUGGACAUAGAAUGUAAAAAGUUUGCGAAGGAAAUUAGAGCGUUGGACAAAGAAAUGCGAUCGUGGGACACGUAUACGUGCUUAGAAGCUACAGUGAAGAAUAUGGUAACGUCUCUGAGGGCUGUCGGUGAACUGCAAAACCCAGCGAUUCGCGAACGUCAUUGGAAACAACUCAUGGGCUCUACAAAAGUUAAGUUUGUUAUGGAUCAAGGUACUACCUUGGCCGAGUUAUUAGCAUUAAACUUGCACGAAUGUGAAGACGAUGUAAAGACUAUAGUUGAUAAAGCAGUAAAAGAAAUGUCUAUGGAAAAAAUGUUACGUGAGCUUCAAACUACUUGGGCUGCAAUGGAAUUUUAUCAAGAAACCCACAGCCGUACAGGAUGCAGUUUGUUAAGAGCAAGUGAAAAACUCAUAGAAACUCUAGAAGAAAAUCAAGUACAAUUACAGAAUUUAAUGACUUCGAAGUUCGUGGCAUUUUUCUUGGAAGAAGUUUCAAGUUGGCAACAAAAGUUAAGUAUAGCUGAUCAAGUAAUAAAUUCCUGGUUCGAGGUGCAACGAACGUGGAUGCAUUUAGAAUCAAUAUUCAUGAGUUCGGAUGAUAUUCGCAAACAAUUACCAGAAGAUUCAGAAAGAUUUUUCCGUAUCGACUCCGAAUUUAAAGAACUAAUGGCAAACAUGUCUAAGACACCCAUAGUGAUCGAAGCUACAAACAAACCAGGUUUAAUCAAACAUUUGGACGAUCUGCACGGGCAUUUGACCUUGUGUGAAAAAGCCCUGGCAGAAUAUUUAGAAACAAAACGUUUAGCCUUUCCGAGAUUUUAUUUUGUGUCCGCCGCCGAUCUCUUAGACAUCCUGUCUAAUGGAAAUAAUCCAGAUUUAGUCGUCAGACAUAUGAUAAAAUUAUUCGACUCGAUAGCAUCACUUGAAUUUAUCGGCUCAAAAACAACUGAAAAGAAAGUAGCUGCGGGAAUGCACGCCAAGGACGGUGAAUACGUAAAGUUUAACGAGGACUGUGACUGUAGUGGACCAGUGAGUUGUGUCGUAAUCAUACAUUAUGUAGCAUAG